AGUCUUCCAAGCAGAAAAAAUCAAUAGAGGUAGUAUAGUAAUUGAAAACUUAUUGAGUAACGAAAAUGCAAACAGAAUUCUAAAUUAGCCCGUAAAGCAUGAUGCCGUAGAAAAUUAAUGCUUUAGCGAUCUGUUGCAGCUUUAUAAAUUCUUUUAGACAAAUACUUUAAACAUAAAAGAUAUAUAUAAGUUAUAUUUAUAUGUUGAACCUGGAAAUUACGUAAAUUAUUUAAUUAGUAGCCGCAAGGAAAAAUAAUAAAUGAUUUAUCAUGUUGUUGAAGAAAAUUGGAGAUAUAUUUAUUUUCUUUUUAUUUUUACAAACAGAAAAUUUAAAGAUGUUAUGUUUGUAUUACAUAAAAUAAUGUAAAAUAAUUUCGUGAAAACUACUUAUACGAUUAAAUUGAAUUAUAUGAAAUUUAAUUUAAUUUAAAAUUACAGUAUUGUAUACUAUUCUAUAGUACCUCCUACUGUGAAUGCGUACGUAUAUAAAUUUUAGAAUUAUAUAUUAUUUAUGUAAAGACAAAACAAUAGAAAUAUAAUAAACACUAAUAUACAAUACCGAAUUAUCCUCAGUAACGUUUUUAACAUGUGUUAAACAUUGGAUAUAAAAAGAUAUUAAGAUUCACAAAUCGAUUAUAGAUCACAUCGAGCGAUCUACUCACUUCGACCAUUUUCGGUUCGAGUCGGAGCGGAUCGGCUACGUCAUACUACUUACUUCUUACUUUAUGCAUGGUCCUCUCUCUAGCUUAGUCAGUCGCUUUCGCGUCGUUGUUCCGUUCAUUCAGAUGGUUAUAAAUUCGAACGGAAAUUAGACUUGUGUACAGAUGUAAUUGCUUUAGCAAGUGGUUCCAAGCAAACAUAUAAGAACAUUACAUUGCAAUUAUCAAAAGUGUUUUGUGCUUUAUCUUUGGUAAAGAGAUCUUUCGAAAUGGGCGCCAUUGGCGGCAUUAGGAGCUACACAUUUUUCGCGGCAUUCCUGCUUUUCGUCGAAAGUGCGCACAGUUUACAAUGUUAUCAAUGCGUCAGUACAAACAACACCGACCCCUUCCAAUGCAACGAAUUUCUCUCGAGCGACAUCGAUAUCAAACCACAGCCUUGCGAUGCUGUUUACGAGGCGCAGUAUUGUGUGAAGCACACUGGUCGAUUCGAGGCGACCAGUCUGGAUUGCUACCAGUGUACGUCGGAAGAAGAACUGAGUUGUGGAGAUAGCAAUUUGGUAAUAAGUACCUUACAACCAACGAACUGCAGUCAUGUAUACAAUGCACAGUAUUGUAUCGUAUCGGUCGGACGAUUCGGAGGUGGAAUAGGCACGAAACGAUUCUGUUCAGCACUGGAUCUGGGGAAUUAUUGCGAUUACGUGAAACAACAGGGUGACAAGUUAAGUUACCGAACCUGUAUCUUCACUUGUACCGGAGACGGAUGCAAUCCAGCGGCCAUUUUGAUACCAAAUAUCGCAUCGAUGGUACCAGUUGGAUUAUUAGUAGUUUACGAAUUAUUCUUCGUAAGGUAGAUAUUUUUAUCUGAUAAAAUUCUUUUGAAUGCAUAUUUUAUGCACUCAAGAUAAAUGUAAAAUCAGUUUUUUAAAUCUAUUCCGUCCUUAAUGUGUUAGCACGAAGUAAUACGGAAUGUCAAUUUCUGACGUACCUUAGGGGAACAAUUUGCACUCGAUUAAUUUUAUAAAAUGACACUGACGUGCCUUCUCUUUUUAACAAAAUAUUAAACGAAGGUACUAAUUAGUAGUUACCAAUAUAAUUAUAGUGUUAAUAACACAUUUUGUAUUUAUAUUUAACCUGCGUCGUCAUAGAUUUAAUAUUUCUUUUCGACUGUACAAUUACAAAUACGCUUAUACUUGUCUAAAAUAAUUGUGGCUUGCGUAGCACAAAAAAAAGGAUUCUAGUGUUUAGAAUUUACCAAUAAGUUUUAAUUAAUCGAUACGUUCGUAAUAUGAAUUACAAUUAAGGUACCCAUUCCUAAUAUCGAAUCUUAAUGACACUAAGUUUCCGUUCGUACACAACUAUUAAACUGUGUACUUACAUAUAGUUAUUUUUUUACCAUAUUAUUUUUUUUUAUUAAUUUAACAAAGAUCUAGAUUACUUAUUUUUGUAUAUUUUUGUACAAAAUACGAAUCUUUUUCAUAUUUGAACAGUGUAGAUACGAAAACCUACUGUGUUUCUCUUUUUUAAUUCUUCUUUUUUUUUUUCUAAACAUACAACACGAACAAUUCUAGAAUUAGACUUAGAUACUAAGGAAUAUUCUGUAUGAAUUACAAGAUAAUAUAAAUGCGAUCGAA